AUGGCUUCUACCUCUGAACUUGGAACUGUUUAUGCUGCACUCAUCCUCAGUGACGACGGGGUUGAGAUUACUGCUGAUAAAUUACAAACUUUAACAAAGGCAGCUGGUAUUGAUGCUGAACCAGUUUGGGCGACUUUGUUCGCUAAAGCCCUCGAAGGAAAAAAUAUCAGUGAUUUAAUAAUGAAUGUUGGUACUCGUCUCUUCGACUAA